AACCCAUUACUAUCCAAUUUAUGCUUUAGGUAGUUUUUUUUUUUUUUUUUUGGUUAGUUUACACUAGAUUAAUUUACAUCCACGCCGCGGUACACACGCGGUGCUGGAACGAAAUUUGUACAUUUGCUUGGUUUGAUGAGUCUAAACCAUUCCUUUAGCCCCCCCCCCCCUCCCUCUUCCCCCUUCCCCUUCCUGUGCGCUACAGCAGGCUCCAACCUGCGCGCACAACCACGUGUCACCAUUGUCUAGCUUUGGUAGCGAGAGAUUCAAACCUUACCUGCUAAUGAAUUUGAAUGCGAAUUAUUGUUUAUUGGAAAAGAGUAGCUUUUAUUUACACCAACAACGGCAUCAUGCCAUGCACCGCCACAUACUCAAUGCGCGCACCCCCUCUACGCAGCAUCAAUACGCAAAAAGACAUGUUUGACACGGAGUGUACGAACGAACGUAUAGGUUAAGCAGCUUCCUGCGCUAGCUUUACACUUACACAGCUGGGCGGGAAAAGCAUUCUUUCACGCUUCCACUCCUCCUCCAACACACUGUGCUGUAUCAUUUACGCAUCGGAAGGCAAGGGCGAUAUUUCGUAGAGGUAGCUUUUGCAUACCGCAGUCGCUGGAAACCUGACAAACGGCGAACCCUUCAAAUGAGCCUAAUUUGAAUAAUCGUGCAACAGUUAGAAUACGCAAUCCGGUAUGAAAAUUCACUGCACCCUUCCUCCAGGGGGGGUGUCGUUUCAAUCGUAAUUAUUUUCUUUUUUUAUGUACUUACUUAUUGCUUAAAUGGAGAUACUUCUCUAUUGUCGAGAGCAACCCGUGUAAUCAGGAGUCGUAGCUAAACCUUCCCUUGUAGUGCUAAAAAAGGAGAACCAACUGGCUCCCUUCAGGGUUUUCCGGGGUUCUCUCUAGUCCAGGUUUCACUGUGCUACCCCCGCUGCAUAGUUUGUUAGGUGUAUGUUUAGGAUUUUUUUUUAAAUGUUUUGUAAUACUUUCUUAAAAAAAAUGUGCAACUUUUAUCGCAAAACCCCAUAUAUCCUUGCCGCCCUCUUUUCCUGGUGUAAUACAGUUAGGGAAUAGUUCCAAUUACUGAACGGCGCAAAUGCAAACAGCAAACACGGGAGGGUUUUGAGCGGGCGAACACCGAAAACAAUCAACCUUUCCACUGUACUGCUCAUAGGCAGCUAUUUUGUUUUAAAUUAUUUUCCUAAUUUUCGACAAUCGCGUGUCCGGGCAGCACUCCCCCCCAGUACGCGUGUGCGUGGAGCCUAGUGGUACAACGCCGAGAACGGUUUAACCUGCCAAAUCGCUGCUUUUUUUUUAAAUCAUUGAGCGAUUUUGGGGUUAUUUCAGAACGGCCUGUGUGUUGAUAGUGUUGGAGGAAUACCAAAAACAACAGAAAAAUGCAACGGCUUUUUCCCCCUGCUGAAGCUAUAUACUUUACUCGACGGCCUAGCGAUAGAAAAAUCAAACCGUAAAAGGAAAGCGUGUCCGUUUUGGUUCGAUGCUUCAGGUGUUUCAUCCUCCCUGCGCUGUCCUUGCAGGGUUUUCCUUGUCACUUUCGAAUGUGCACAUCAUUAUUCACCGUCUGCAAAAUGUUUUCCACAACUGUCACAUAUUGUGUAUUGACAUCACAAGAAAACUUCAGUUCUUACACAUGAUUUAAGAGUGAUCCAAUGGUCGAGUCGUCAACUCGAACGAUUCAAUAACAUGCGCGCCAUGGGUUCAAGUCCCUAAUGGGGACCGUCCCCCUGUAGCAAGGAUGUGACGACUAUACGCGUCUGUGUUUACGUUUAAGAGCCUGUGAAGGCCGGCAUGUCCGCGUAGGACGUUACGCCAAGCAGUAGAGGAAGAAGACGAUUUUCAACACAUCACAAAGAGAACUGUCUCAAACUCAAUGCAACUUUGAGAUGUGUUCAAAAUUAUGUGGAAGAACUGUGAUAUUUUAUCGUGUUUUUCAAUACAAUAUGUGACAGCUGUUGAAAAACAUCUUGAAGGCGGUAAAUAAUGAAGUUCACAUUCGAAAGUGACUUGGAAAAACCCUGUACCUUUCGUGUAAUACUACACUUUGUAAUACUGAAGCAAGCGCAUCUACUUGAUGGACACACACACACACACACACACACACACACACACACACACACACACACACACACACACACACACACACACACACACACACACACACACACACACACACACACACACACACACACACACACACACACACACACACACACACACACAUAUACAUACGGGGUUUUCCAAGUCACUUUCGAAUGUGCACAUAAUUAUUCACCAUCUCCGAGAUUUUUUUCAACAGUCGUCAAAUGUUGUAUAUCCAUCACAACAAAAUUUCAGUUCUUACACUUGAUUUUCAACACAUCACCAAGAACUGUCAAACCUCAAACCAACUUGAGACGUGUUGAAAAUCAUGUGGAAGAAUUGAAAAACUAUUCAGAUGCAAAUGCAACGUUUGACAACUGUUGAAAAACAUGUUGGAGGCGGCGAAUAAUGAUGUGCACAUUCGAACGUAGCUCGGAAAACCCUGUAAAGGUGUAUCAUUAUACUCAAUUAUUUAAACAUGGGCGUAAGAAAAGUAAUAAGAAUAGAAGAAGAAGAAAAAAAACACAAACGAUGGGAUUAUAUUUCUCUAGUAUUGGGUGUUGUAGGUUAAUAUGUUUCUUUUUUGUUUUUACUUUUACUAUCAAGGCCAGAGCGUCCUAUUAUUGCACUGUAAUGCCGUGCAUCGCACAGAUAUGCAACGUGGUCUGGAACCUAAAGGAUAGCCUAAUAUAAUACUGUAGUGGGCAAGGUGUUGUGCUCUAAUAGGAUGGCAAAAAAAAAACACACACACACACCCAUGCUAGCUGAUUAUAUGUAUACAUAUAAUUGUGGAUUAUUUAAGAUUACUUUAAGUGUAAUGGCAACACACAAUGCUGGUGGUAGUAUGGCGAGCCAGAUUUGUGUGCACCCACGGACUCACGAAAAAAAAGAAAACUUACAACAAAAAAGAGGGACGAUUUUGUGAAAAGAAGAUGAUGAAGAAGAGGAGGAAAAAACGUUGUGAAACACAAGCGAAUCGGCCAGAGAAAGGGGGCAAAAACACUGUAACUGUAACGAGCAAAAACUGCGCAAAACGUAAAGGGGCACACCUAAGGGCGCUCUAUGCCUUAAAUGUAUAGCAAUGAUGCUUUUCGGGAUGGCAUCGUUUUGAUCACACACAUAGGGGGGGGGGGGGAGGGAAAAAACGAAGAAAACAAAACAACAAACCAAUCAGAACCAGCUACAAAAUGUUGGCUUUACAUUUCAAACAAGGACAUUACACAUUCGUCAUCAAUUUCCACUCUCGCGUUCACUUCACUUACGUGUACUCUCCUGCAUAUACCUAUAGUGUACCGGCCCCGGGCUGAAAGUUACAUUAAAGUAGCGAAAGUACUUUCACAUACAACUGUUCAUCAUCAACUGACUGAUUACAUUUUUUUUUGCGUUUAAACACAGUUUGUAUUUUAGUCAAAGUGUUUGUACCUUUCUCCGUUUUUUUUGAAGGGAUAUGAGGGCUCCGUUGUUUUAAACUUAUUUUGAAAUCAACGACUCCCUCAUGUCUACCCCUUUUUUGUUUGAUGAUUUCUUCAGCCGCUGUAUUUAUCGUUUAUACGCAUUUUUAUGCUACCCAGUUUGGUCAUUUACCAAUAUUUAACAGCGGUGACACUGACUGUGCCGCUUCACCAGAUUCCGGAAGAGUGGAAUUGGCAGCUGGCAAUCGCACGAUAGGCAAGAAUUGCGGCGAAUUCUCCGGACCAAGCGUGACUAGGGAGGAUGUGGUUGUGGUCAGCAAAUAUUGUAACCUUUUGCUUAUACAACGCUUAGUAGACCCACGGAGCACGAAAUGCGCACAGCAUCAAGUGAACUGUACUGGCACUCGGACUCUAACCGAUAGCAAACUCACCUCACGUGGGGGAGGGAGAGGGCACUUUUGUACGCAUUUCGUCAAAACGCAUUUUCGUAACGAUGCGAGUGGGUUAUUCGGUUUUCCCCUUUCGACGCUAUUUUAAGACAUAAUUCUCUUAAAUCUCUAGUCUAGUCUACAGCUGAUUUGGCUGGAUCCAGCUUUUUGGACCACUCGCCGGGUGGAUUUUUUUUUGUUGUUGUUGCUAAAGUUGAUCCCUUCAUCUACGGUCACGUCCAUGAUGCAUACAUAUGAUGCUAACGAUCACACAGGGAACGUAUGUUAAGUUCGUACAUUGCCUAAAAUAAAAUCAGUAGUACACCACCAACAUUGACACAUGGGCCGACUUGAGGAAAACGAAAAAAAAAGGAAACCCUAACUCAUUAGUAUGCAUAGCAAUAUAAGAAUUUGAAUGUAUGUGAAACCAGGCAAGCAAAUAAUAAUUUAUAAUGCGCAGAGUAGGUACGAAGAGGAACCAGAACAGAACCCGGUACAUGUAAGCAAAUUAAUAACGAAAUAAAUAAAACAAAAAUAUGAAGAAAAAAAAACACACUUACAAAACUAAGCCAAACAACAAACAGACAAAACUGUAGUCCUUCAAAACGAACACAAAACAAAAAGAGAGAACGCAAUAAAACAUAACAAAAGUAAACAACACAAAACGGUAGGGCUAAACAGAAAAAAAAAAUGCAUUCUAAACGGUGAGGACGAACAUUUGGGCGAAAGAGAGCAAAACAAAAAAAAAAACAAGGAGUAACAAUUUACGAUUAAAAUAAAGAUUUUCUAAAUGCAACUCAACGUGCUUGCGUGUGAUGCGGCGGAAUGCCAUACACCGUGGGGCGUUGUAUAACGACCCCGAGGUAUAUAUAUAUUUAAAUAUUUUUAGACCGUCAUUUGCAAUCGUUCCUUCCGUUCUGCGAUAAAACCAAGGCCGGCUCCAAGUUUGUGGUUUUGUAUUUUCGCUCUAUCCGUUGUGGUUUUGUUUUGAUUUGGUUGCUUGUGACUUUGUUUUUCUCUUCUCAAUGCAUUUUUACAACGAUUUCACACGAUCGUUGAAUUCUCACGAUCGUUGCCGGGCCUGUUGAGGGCGCGCCACCACACACAUAUUACGCCACACAUGCGCCUCCCCCCACCCAUUCCGACCGUCCCGCUUGGUUACGCGUUUUAUCAGCCGAGAUUACUGCGUGUAGAUGUCCCCAGUUGUCCGGAGUGGAUUAUCAUUUCUUUAACGGAGCAACAAGUUGCGAGUGGAUAAUCACACCGGAGGGGGUGUUUGGGGACUGCCGGCAGGAGUAGGAUGAGAUGCAGCUUGUUGGGAUGGUAUCAUGACCAGCAAAGAACCGUCGGUUCUACCGCUAUCUGCAUGGCGAUAAGGGAAGCAAUCCGUUGAGUCUUAUUUAAAGCGGUUUGAUAAGGCAAUGCGAAAAGGUUUGGUUUUGGAUAAAUUGCGAAACCAUUGCGAUCAUGCACGAGGAACAAGUAAUAAAAGGCUCCAGGGAUUUUGGGAUACACAUUUGUAAGCCUAGCGGCAUCACGUCUACCAAAGACGUUGAAGUCGCCUGGAACCAUGCAAUACAGUUUAAGGAAUCACAGGUCGUGAUUCUUGCAAGGAUCUUUGCAAAGCGGUUGCUUUUUUACUGGUUUGUUUUCCUCAUCUUAUAAUUUCUGUAAGUUUCCUGAUCAUUCAGAACCUUACCUGUAGUAUUCAGUAUGGUAGGUCUGAGAAGAUAAUAUUGUACAUGAAAUUGGAGGAGUUUAGUCUGUAGGUCCACAGAUUAAGUAGAAUCAAUUCUGGCGAAGUUCAGAAUGCCAGAGCCUAAGCCAGUUGUGAUUGUACCAUGAUACCAGGUACUAGCUUCCUCAGAUUCGUGCAUAUCUUCAAACAAUUUAAUCUCCAACACUGGCAAGCAAGUCCCCAAAGCCAAACAGAAACAAAAAAAAAACAAUCUGAUAUCAGAGACUGAGACUCUCGCCACGUUGCCCGUAACCGUCAUUGCACACGAAACCACUAAAACGGGUGAUAUGUAAGGUCUCCCUCCUGUAAACGAGAUGAAGAGAGUUGGACGGAGAAAGUCUAGGUACUGGCCGUGCCUCUACUAUCAGUUGCGAUGGAGAGCAUCCCACACACUCACAUGAAAAAUGGGCGAUUGUUCCAGCUUCUCAGCAGAUCCCCCCCUCUUCUGCUGCUACUGCUGCUGAACAGAUGAGAGAGAGUCCGAGAGGAACGGGAAGCGAGCGGGUAGCCACCAACGCAACAACAGAUAAACAACAACGCUCCCGAGAUAACGUGCGAUACAAUUGCAAGGCGAGAGAGUAAGCGAGAGCAGCGGAGGGCUUGUUUGAGAAUGUGUAUGGUGCUGGAGGGAGCGCUUAGCUUUAAAAACGAGAUAACGAGACUCGAUCGCAGACGCUCGGGGGAUAGAGGGAUUGUGUCGCCUCACGCUGCGUCCAAUAAAACGUGUUUGCACCGACCAGAUCCAGACCAUUUGCAGUUUUCCUCUCGGUGCCGAUAGUGAAGCCGAGCGCUCUAUCACCGCAGCUCAGCUGGUUUUGGGUGACAGUGCUGUGUUUGUUGUGCUUCUAUUAAUAAUUACACCCGUCUGGUAGCUGAUCGGCCGCAAAGGAGAGCAGUGAACAGCUUCAACAUAUCAAACGCGAUCAAUCAACCUCUUCGCCAUGUGUGAGGCCGGUUCCGACUGUAGCAAGAAGUAUCAGGAGUGGGAGUCGAACGAGGAGAUUCAGCUGUUUCGCGAAUAUCUGCGCAUUCCAACGGUGCAUCCGAAUGUGAACUACGACGAGUGCGUUGAAUUUCUGAAGCGCCAGGCGGCGUCGCUCGAUCUGCCGGUGCGCGUGAUCGAGGUGAACCCGCGCAAACCGAUCGUGAUCAUCACGUGGGAGGGUACGGCCCCGGAGCAGAAAUCGAUCAUACUGAACUCGCACAUGGACGUGGUGCCGGUGUACCCGGAGCGCUGGACCCACGCACCGUUCGGGGCGGAGAUGGACCACGAGGGGCGCAUCUAUGCCCGGGGCGCCCAGGACAUGAAGUGCGUCGGCAUGCAGUUCCUGGCCGCGAUCCGGGCGAUGCGCCGGGACGGCGUGCGGCUGAAGCGCACCAUCCACGCCACGUUCGUGCCGGACGAGGAGAUCGGCGGCAAGCUCGGGAUGAUGGAGUGGGUGCACAAGGAAUCGUUCCGCGAGCUGAACGCGGGCUUCUCGAUCGACGAGGGCAUCGCCGGGGAGGGCGAAACCUACCCGCUGUUCUACGGCGAGCGCAGCGUGUGGCAUGUGUAUUUCAACAUAUCCGGCACACCGGGCCACGGGUCGCUGCUGCUCAAGGGUACGGCGGGGCAGAAGGCGCACUACAUCAUCGACAAGCUGAUGCGGUUCCGCGAGAACGAGGUGAAGCGGUUGGAAAACAAUCCGGACUUUACGAUCGGCGAUGUGACCACGGUCAACAUCACGCUCAUGAAGGGCGGUGUGCAGGAAAACGUGGUCCCGCCGGAGCUGUCGGUUUGCUUCGACAUUCGGCUGGCGGUCGACGUCAACCAUCUGGAGUUUGAGAACCAGCUGCUGGACUGGUGCCGGGAGGCGGGCGGCGGCAUCGAGCUCGAGUACGACCAGAAGUGCCCGUACGUGAAGCCGACCAAGCUGGACGGCUCCAACAUCUACUGGGUCGCGUUCAAGGACGCGCUGGACGAGCUCGGGCUGCAGGUGAAGCCGCAGAUCUUCCCCGGCGGCACCGACAGCCGGUACAUCCGCGGCAUCGGCAUCCCCGCGAUCGGCUUCUCGCCGAUGAACCACACGCCCGUGCUGCUGCACGACCACGACGAGUUUCUCAGGGCGGACACGUACCUCGAGGGCAUCCGCAUCUAUCGCAAGAUCAUCGCGAACGUAGCGAACGCGUAGCGCGUUCCUCUGCCUGUCUGUUUGUUUUUGCCGUUUGCCUUCACCCACAGCAUUUACAGUAACGAAUAAACGAAUCCUCGAAUGGGAGGGUGCAGCGAA